AUGACCAGUUUCACUUCAGAAGUGAAGACGGAGGCAGCGAGAACCGUGAAAGAUGUUUCCCCUCACGAAUUUGUGAAGGCUUAUACCUCUCACCUCAAGCGUUCCGGCAAGAUGGAGCUUUCUGAGUGGACUGAUCUCGUCAAGACUGGUAAACUCAAAGAGCUUGCUCCAUAUGACCCUGAUUGGUACUACAUUAGAGCUGCUUCUAUGGCAUGGAAGAUCUAUUUGAGGGGUGGUAUUGGUGUUGGUGGAUUCCGAAGAAUCUAUGGUGGUAACCAGAGGAAUGGCAACCGCCCUCGUCAUUUCUCUAAGAGCAGUGGUUCAGUUGCACGCAACAUACUUCAGCAAUUGCAGAACAUGAACAUCGUUGACUUUGAUCUUAAGGGUGGAAGGAGAAUCACAUCCAAUGGCCAACGUGAUCUUGACCAAGUUGCUGGAAGAAUUGCUGCCGCUCUUUAAGAGAUGAAUUCAA